GCAUCUGUUGUAGAAAUAUUCCCAUAGAGAUGAAACAUGAUCCUCUGACAUACGUUUCAGUUUCAACAGUUUCGGUGAAUUUCUGACGUGUCUGAGUCCUCUUUUGAACUGGACUAGUCUUUGAAGAGCUUUUUGGAGGUAUGGGCGCUUUACAGUCCUUACCUGGUCAACAUGAGUACAUUGAUCUGGCGGAAAAGACGGGAUUUUCAUGUGAACAGAUCGGAGUCCUCCAUAAAAGAUUCAAGCAGUUGAGCCACAAUGAAGAAACACUGCGGAGGGAUCACUUCAAUGAAAUUCCAGAUCUGGCGUGCAAUCCCAUCCGUUCCCAGAUUAUAGGGGCCUUCUUUGACAGAAGAAACUUUCGACUGAAUGAGGAGGGGACAGUCGAGGAGAUCAGCUUCGAGGAGUUUCUGGUGGUCAUGUCCCAUUUCAGGCCCCCUUCACUGCACAUGACAGAGGAGCAGCGUGAGAGCGUCAGGAGGGAGAAACUGAGAUUUUUGUUCAACAUGCAUGACACGAACAACGAUGGAACAAUAACCCUCGAAGAAUACAGACAUGUGGUGGAGGAGUUGUUGUCUCGCAGCGGGGCGCUGGGGAAGGAUACGGCCAAAAGCAUUGCUGAUGCAGCCAUGUUGGAGGUGGCCAGUAUUUCAGUGGGCCACAUGGAACCUGAUGAAUUCUAUGAAGGAAUCACAUUUGAGCAUUUCCUGAAGUUACUGAAUGGCUUCGAAAUUGAAUCAAGAAUGAACAUUCGCUUUUCGAAUAUGGACACGACAACCCUGUGCAAGUGAGAUUGUUGUUGUCAUAUUAUCUAUACUGGCAUGCAAUGACUCAAUGACUAUAUGUCGUCAGCUUUUGGUGUUAUACUCCACAUACAUGAUAUUGACUCUUUGUGUUAUGUGUUGGAUGUAAACAAACUUCCAUCUUUUAACAUUUCCUGUGAAUGCUGGUAGACUGUCUAGAAUGCUGGACUUCAUCCUCAGUUGUUGGUGUAUACUGCCCUCUACAUGUCAAAAUAUGUAAGGCACGUGAAAUAAUGGACUUGCACCUGAUUUAUUAAUGAUAUGUUAUUUUUUAUAGUACUCCAGAUAGUAAAACAUGUAUGAUGCAGCGCUUUUUGAAGGAUUGGAUUUGUCACAAUAUCCUUACAGUCUGUGACAUUGUAUCAUUUAGGCGUUUACUUUGUAAAGCUUU